GCUACACUUUCUGCGAGACUCCCAACCGUCAACGCUUCACUCCGACACCUCUUGCUCUCAGGCCUAGCCCGUCUGUCAGGCGUCACCCUCUUCUGGCCAUCACUCGUUCUGGUUAGAAGUAUCAACGCCCGGCAGCUCUCGACAACAACAACCAGAGAACCCCUUGUCACGACUAAGCCACGCGACGGCAGCACGCCCGAGUCUCAGAAUAUCGACCAGUCCAAACCACGUCGGCGUACAUCGAUACAUCCCUUAAUCCGGUGUCGAAGACGUCUUGUGCCUUUUUUUUUGAUUGACAUAGGCAUUCGAGAUGAGGCCUCUUCAGGUCUUUGCACUCUUCGCUGGAGUGUCGGCGGCGUUCUCAUGGCAGGGAAUGUUCGAAGAUUCGGCUGUUAGAGCAGUCGAAGGUAUAGAGCAAGUGGAGAGGUUAUUCAAGCGGCAGACCGAUACUGCCGGAACCACAGCAGCAACCUCACAGACGACCACCGCCAAAACAACAUCGAAGACAACAGACAAGUCAACGUCGAGCGACACAGCCAAGGCCACGGGUUCGAACUCGGCGAAGGCUACGGGAUCAACGAAAGGCUCGGCGUCGGGUACAAUAACAGGAUCCUCCGCGGCCGCUAGUUCAACUGAAGUAGACCCACGUUCGCCGGCAGGCGGUGUCUCGAUGAUCACGCCGAAUCCCUACGCUGGCUCACAGUACUACAAGAUCGGCGACUGGGUAACCUUUGCGUGGAACUUCACCUCCAUCAUCAACAAGCCCAAGGCCGUCAACGUGUAUGCUACAUGCUCAACGGCCAGUGCGCAAUGGACCAUCGCCGCCAACAUGUCGUACCAGCCCACACAAACUGUGCUCUGGGACACUAACCAGUAUACUUCAAAGGCGACUCCGCAGCUGGUCAUGGCGACGUACACGCUGCUCAUUGAGAAUGCCGACGAGGCAAAGGCUACUGCGCUGUCGAAUCCGGGUGAGCUCGGGACGGUGAAUCAGUUCAUGUUCGGCAUGUACGUGCCACAGCCCUACGUGCCGUGGACUGAGUUCAACUGUCCGACCUGCAGUGCCGCACUGUCCGGCAAGGAGAGACAGGCUUUAGGCUUCAUGUUCGCCAUGAUCUCAAUUACAAUCCUCUCGUUCACUUGGUUCUCCACCGGCGCCUUUGGCCUUCUUUAAGUCGAAUCCCGCCGUGUGGAUGGUUCACUCUGUUUUCUGCAUGGCUUGGCUCGGCGUUUCGAGGAUUUUCUCUGGGUCUUUUGGGAGGUGAAAGAGGCGUUUUUUUUGUUUGAUUUUUCUCGGCCCGACGAAUCCCAGAGUGUAGACUCCAGGAUGAAGCAUGCACUGGCGUAUCCGAAGCAGGAGUUCCAAUUGAUAAUGUUUGCAUAAAAAAAAGCUGGAACGAACGUAGCCCAAGGUCCUUUUUUUCCCCCGACGGAUUAUCAUCACGACUUAGUAUGUAGUAUUUAAAUUAAUACUUGCAAAAGCCAAA